GAUACGGGGAAUCUGGCAGCGCAGGUGACGCUGUAAGAUAUGGCACACACCCUCCUAUAAAUACUAGAGUCUUUUGCCAAAGGCAGGUGAUCAUCACGCACACACAAAGUAAAAAUACGCCUGUCGACUCGUCGUCGUCGUCGAACAAGAACUGAUGUACAAGAACUCCUGUCGUGUGAUGACAGAUGAUUAGAUUUGCCAGAAAUAUUCUCAGCACAGAGGUCUACGCAUAUCUACGACUCGCUAGUCGAGGGCCAGAUCUGAGAGCACCUGUACUCGUACACUGCGUAGCGCUUUCGGCUCCGGACAUCCGAACCGUACCGUGCCAUCAUCAACCGGUGCUGCCUGUUGCUGCGAGUGUUGCGAACUGAUGUGCCAGCGGUUCAGUCUGUCUGCCUGCACAUCGUGCUGAUGCUGACUUGAUCCAAGCCAGCACAGCUGACUCUGAGCUGAGCUGGAUCGAUCUGUGCCUGUGGAUUCACUGGCACUAGAAGUUUGUUGUCGGCUUGUUGUUGGCUUGUUGUUGCCUGCUCCGACUGAAAAAUGUGCCUGGACCUGUGGAUCACUACUGCAACUGGAUGUCUUGUUGCUGCCUGAUCCGACUGAAAUAUGUCCAUCCGUAUGCCGUCGAAGAGCGGAAGCUCCGCGGGAGGGCCUCGCGUUCUCACCAAAAAAGAUGUUACUGACUUGGAGGCUGCUGGUGUCAAGCUUCGCCGUCAAAUGGAUGUUCACGUGACUUGCUUGGACGCAAGAAGCACGUCCAAGGUGGAAGUGGUACAAGAAUGGCACGAAUAUUUGAAGAAACGUGCAGAGAUUGAGCUGGAGUAUACCAAGAGCUUGGAUAAACUUUCGGAUCGUACAAUAGAGAAAAUCAGUCGUCUAAAAAAGAGUUCGAAAGAGAAUAGUCUGAACGGCUGCUCCAGCACUCCGAUAGACCUACUUCUCACCAUGGUAACAGAUAAUAAGCAGCUGGCAUCACGCCGAGGGUUGUUGUGUGAUGACAUCACUAAUGAGGUACUUCCUCGGCUGGAUGUUGUCUCCAAGGACAUCAGCAUAUCUACCAGAAGGGUAAAAGAAGGUUUUCAUGUAGCACACGAGGAGAUCAAGAAAGCACAUACUGACUUGCUGGAGUCUAUGAAGGCAUACAUGGCAGCGUGCGUUGCUAGCGAGGAGUCUCAGUCGAAGCUGUCCAAAAUCCAAUCCAGUCGUUCCAAAGGCAAGAAUGUAGACAAGGACGCCAAGAAAGAAAUUAAGAUGUUGGAAGGUCUUAUGUCAAACAAGUUCAAGGCCAUCACUUGUCGCAAUGAGUACAUCAUGUGCUUAGAGUGGUUUAACAAAAUUUGCCGUACCUACUUCAAGAGGUGGAGUGCUGACUUGUUGGAGUUUUUUGACUUUGACUUCCACAACUCCAUUCGCAAUGUUCAGCGCUUGCAUGGCAGUCUUGAGAAGAACUACUUAGCGUUGAACACGCAGUUUAUUGACAGCUGGCAAAAGCAACUGUCAGAGCUCUCAGCCAAGGCCGAUCUUAGGAAGUUCCAGGCUGCUAAUAUGGGUGCAUUCCCCAUCCCACAGGAUGUGCCGUUUGUGCCUUACGGACCAAAUGAGAAACACAGUCUUUACGCCGUGUCCGGUGUCUAUGAGGGCAUGGCAUCGCAGAGAGGUGACCUCACUAUGCAAAUUGGCCAGACUACGUUCAGGCUAGACGAGGCGCACCGCUCCCUACAAGAGGUGAAAGAGUCCUUCUUGAAAUCGCAAGAAACCGUUUUUGGAAGCUCGAUCGAAGAAUGCCUUGAGGAAAACGGUAUGCUCUCUCGGACUUUGUUGCUGUGCGUAUCUGUGCAGCAGUGUCAGGCUGCUGCUCCUUGGAGUGAUUGUUCUCUCUGCAAUGUGAAAGAAGUGUGUAGCAUGUACAUAAUGAUGUUGCUGAAGUGUCUGCACACUUCCAGUGGUGGUCGCCUAGGCUUUCUUUGAAAAUGAAAGCUUGUC